UCACUCAGUUUUAGCUUUUAUCCGAAGCUACAAAAGCAUAUAGUGCCCCUACACUGUAGAGAGUGGAGUUUCGGGAGAUUUCUAUCGACCAUGGCUACAGUGAAGUACGGGAUCAUUGGGGUGGGAAUGAUGGGCAGAGAGCACCUCAUCAAUCUGUACCAUCUUCGCAGCGAAGGCGUGGCCGUUGUCGCCGUAGCUGACCCCCAUGUCCCUUCCCAAAAGCUUGCCUUAGAAUUAGCUCAAUCCUUCAAUUGGACACUCGAGGUUUUUUCAGGACACCGGAUGCUAUUAGACAGCGGUCUCUGUGAUGCACUGGUUGUGUCAUCUCCAAACAUGACUCAUUAUGAAAUCCUUAUGGACAUAAUCAAUCACCGGAAACCCCACCAUGUGCUAGUGGAGAAGCCAUUGUGCACCACAGUCUCUCACUGCAAAGAGGUUGUAAAUGCUGCUAGAAAGAGACAGGAUAUGCUUGUACAAGUUGGUUUGGAGUACAGGUACAUGCCACCUGUUGCUAAACUGAUAGAAAUAGUUAAGGGUGGAAAUCUUGGACGGGUUAAAAUGGUGGCAAUCCGGGAGCAUCGCUUUCCUUUUUUGGUCAAGGUGAACAAUUGGAAUCGGUUCAAUGCCAACACAGGAGGAACAUUGGUAGAGAAGUGCUGCCAUUUCUUUGAUCUGAUGAGGCUGUUUGCAGGGGCAAAUCCUGUGCGUGUGAUGGCUUCAGGAGCUAUUGAUAUUAAUCACAAGGAUGAAAGAUAUGAUGGAAAGGUACCAGAUAUUAUUGAUAAUGCAUAUGUUAUUGUUGAAUUUGACAAUGGCUCUCGAGGGAUGCUUGACCUUUGCAUGUUUGCUGAAGGCAGUAAAAAUGAGCAAGAAAUUUGUGUUGUUGGUGACAAUGGGAAGGGGGAGGCAUUUGUUCCUGAGAGUAUUCUACAUUUUGGUACCCGAGUGGCAGGGAGAGAUGGUGUCCAAACUUUAAAGGCUGAGGAUAAUAGAAUAAAAUAUGACGGACUGCAUCAUGCUAGCUACUUGGAACACCUUAACUUCUUGUCUGCUAUUCAAGCUAAAGGUGGGCAACUUCCUGCUGUGGGCUUGCAAGAUGGUCUAGUUUCAGUUGCUAUCGGCGUUGCAGCACAGCUGUCCAUAGAGAAAGGCCGUUUUGUAAUGAUUGAUGAAGUCAUGGAUGAGCCUUGUAGCAAUGCUUCUGCAUGACUGUUUAUCUUUGGUGGCAGUGGAAGCUGUUAUUGUUAUUCGGUCAUCCCAUCCCCUUAGUUCGGUAUACAAAAGAAGGCCUGCUAUAAAAUGGAUUUUACAUUAGAAUAACACCUGCCAUAUAAUCCACAAAAUAUACUUUUCCAGUUUUCCUUA